AUGGAACCGUUUAUUCCCCCCAAUCCGGACAAGUUUUUGAAGUUGUUGGGGCUGUCCUUCAAGGGCUCGAACAUCAAUGGGAAAAUUUGGAUCUUUGUGAAAGAAGGGAUGGAUUAUGAUGCGUUGGAUGACUCGGAACAGCUGCUACAUGGGAGGUUCACUUGCCCUUGGAUCUCAACCCCUAUUAUGCUAUCGGCCGUAUAUGCUAAAUGCACGAGAGGGGAGCGACAUGUCCUAUGGGAAAAGUUGAGGGAUAUCACACAACUCUCGGAUGGGAUGCUGUGGUUUAUUGGAGGGGACUUCAACACAAUCCUCUCUUCUCAAGACAGGACGGGGAGCGACACAAAUCGUCAAGCGGAAAUGGUUGAUUUUGCUGAAGCCAUUGAGGUUUGUGGUCUUAUGGACCCAGGCUAUGAUGGAUCAGAUUUCACCUGGGCUAAGAAUGGCCUUAUGGAAAGGUUGGAUAGGGUGCUGAUUAGCGAGACGACGGCUCAAACGUUUGAGGCAAUAAGAGUCACAAAUCUCCCACGCAUCGCGUCUGUUCACGGACCUCUCCUUGUUAGAUGCAGGCCGACUAACAUCUUUACGGGCGGGAAAGCGUUCCGGUUCCAAAACAUGUGGGUCAGGCAUGAGGGAUUCGGUGACUUGGUAAAAGAAGAUUGGAUGGCUCCCACGGAGGCCGAGGGCAUCCUCAAUUUGAAGAUCAAGUUAGCAAGGAUCAAGAGUACGCUUAAAAGGUGGAACAAAGAGGUGUUUGGGAAUAUUCACUCCAACUUAAAAAACCAGUGA